UGUUAGGAAUCACCAGUAAUUUUUUUGACUUACAUGCUUUUAGUUAACCUACAAUCUAUGUGCGAAAAUGCCAAAACCUUUAUUUGAUAAUUCCGACGAUGAAGAGAAAAAGGUUACUUUUAGAAGUAAUAAUGAUUACGCCAAAUCAUACAAUACAUGGAGGAAGAAAGAGGAAUUGAUGCGAAUGAAAACCAAAUUUGGUUUUGAUGAUGACAGUGAUGAUGAACCCAGCAGUUGCUCAGAUGAUGAUGAUGAAGUGCUUAAAAUGGAUGAGAAAAUGGAUUUGAAUUUCUUCAAAACUUUGUCCAGCUUGAAGAACAAAGAUCCAAAAAUCUAUGAUCAAAAUGUGCGUUUCUUCGGAGAUGAAGUCAUCAAAGCUCCAACAAAAAUGAAAACUAAAGAUAAACCAAUUUACAUCAAAGAUUAUGAACGAAAAAUGUUGCUUGAGAAUGGAGGAGUCGUAAGUGAUGACGAAGAGCAACAGGAAAAUCCAAGAGCACAAUCUCCGACAUUUGUGCAACAACAGGAAAACUUGAAGAGGAAUUUAAAAAAGGCAUUAAACAGUGUUGAUGAUGAAGAUGAUGGUGAAUGGGGUGGAAUGUUUCAAACAAGGACAAAAUCUAAGGAGGAGGAAGAGAAAGAUGAGGUUGAUUAUAAGAAAUGGUUGCAGGGUCAAUCAAAAAUUAGUGAUAAUAAUGAUGCGGCCAAGGAUUUGAAACCACUGAAAGACUAUUGGAAUAAUCCUGAGCUCAAUGAAGGAGAGAAAUUCCUGAAGGAUUAUAUUUUAAAUAAAAGAUUCAUGGAUAAUGAUGAUGACAGUUACAUUCCUACUUAUGAUGAAGUUGUGCAUGACUCUGAUAAGGAUCUAUCAGAAGAUGAUGAACAAAUUAGGAAGCAAGAGGAAUUUGAACAUAAAUACAAUUUCAGGUUUGAAGAACCAGAUAAUGAUUUUAUUAAACGGUAUCCGCGUACUGUUGAUAAUUCGGUAAGACGUGAAGAUGACAGGAGGAAAACUAAAAGGGUUGAAAUCAAGGAAAGGAAAUUGAUGGAGAAGCAAAAGAAAAUGGAGGAGCUAGAGCAUUUGAAAAAGAUGAAGCGAUUAGAGAUUGAAGAGAAAUUGAAGGCUCUGAAGGAAAUCACGGGAAAUGAUGAUGUUCCGUUUAAUGACGAUGAUCUGGAAGGAGAUUUCGAUCCGAACGCUCACGAUAAACGAAUGCAAAUGGUCUUUAAUAAUGAUUAUUAUUCAGUCGAAGAUGAGGAGAAGCCUGUGUUUUCAGACAUGGAUGAUGAAUUGGAAAUUGAUCAACCAUUUGAGCCUAUAGAUUAUGCGUCUGGAGAAUUGAACGAGAACUACGACAACGAAGAAGCCGAAGCUCCCCAUUGUGAAGAUGCUAAUUUCAAUAUGGAUUGCGAUUAUCAGCAGAAAACGGCUGAAGAAGAGAUUAAGGAGAAUAUGAAGAAGCAGAAGUGGCGUAGAAAGAGGUCGCACGUGAGCAAAGCUUUAAUGAAAGAAAAACCCACUUUCGAUCCAGAAGAUCAAGAAUACGAAGAAUAUUUCAAUGAAGUUGAGAGUUGA